CGCUCAGCUGCAGCAGUACAGACGAGAAACCAUGGAGCGCAACAAGACGCGUUGGAGAGACUCACCAAGCGGACGGGAAAAGUGCCAGUUUCAGAUCUGUUUAUAAGUCACUUUCAGCGACAGUGAGCAGAUUUCGGAGAAACUGCAGGUGGACAUUGAGUUUUUUCCCCCAAGCGUGCGUAAAUUGAGUUGAGAGGUCUGGAAAGGAGAAUAAUAUUGGAGAGGCCAGCAGCUACCAAAGAGCGGGCGCAAAGGAGUUCUAACAAAAAAAGAAGAAAAAACACAGGAAAGCGCCCCAAGGGGAGACGAGCGCCAGGUGGAUAGAAAUGAUUUUUGUGUUAUUUUUCCACACGCAUCUGGACAGUUUUGGGAAAAUGUGGCUGGUGUGCGCUGCGUAAAAUCUCCGAUUUCGUUGCAAUUCUGAUGCCAUUACAAGGAACAGUUACUUUUCUUUAAGGAAACUGAGCAGAGCUGAGAUUUCUCUGAAGAAGGAGGCACUGAGCUCAAAGUGAGAGCCAGUCACUGAACAGUUAGGAACCAUGGUGAAGUUUCACAACUCAGACCUAUGGAUAGCCUGGAUGGUCAUUUUCUGCAUGGAGGGUUCAAGGUUUGAUCUCCACACAGGGAAAGUGUGUGUGCGGGCGCUGGAUGUCACCGUGUCCCAGAGCAGCAUCCAGGUGGCCCGUGGCCAAGCAGCCAUCCUACCCUGCUCCUUCUCCACCAGCGCUGCCCUCAACAACCUCAACAUCAUCUGGAUGGUGAUACCGCUAUCCAAUGCUAACCAGCCAGAGCAGGUGAUAAUUUACCAGGGCGGCCAGGUGUUCAGCCUCGCCAACCACCUCCAUGGUCGUGUGGGCUUUGUGGCCACCAUGCCAAGCACAAGUGCCUCCAUCUUUAUCAACAACACCCAGCUGUCCGACACUGGGACCUACCAGUGCCUGGUCAACAACCUCCCAGACAGAGGGGGGCGCAACAUCGGUGUCAUUGGGCUCACAGUGUUGGUGCCCCCCUCGGUGCCAGCAUGUCGAAUCCAGGGCACGCUGGAUGUAGGCAGUGAUGUCAUGAUGAUCUGCAGCUCAGAGGAAGGUAUUCCCACACCGUCCUACUCCUGGGAGAAGCUAGACGCCCUACCCAAGCUGCCACACAACGCCAUGCAAGACCAGAUGCAGGGCACUGUCACACUGAGAAACAUCAGCACCAGCACCUCAGGACUCUACCAGUGUACCUCCAGCAACGCAAUUGGCAAAAGCACAUGUCUACUCAAUCUACAGGUUGUAGCACCCCAGCCUCAGAGUGUGGGUCUGAUAGCAGGGACCAUCGCUACAGGAGUCUUGGCUGUCAUUAUCUGUUCACUAUUGGUGGCGGUCACACUCUUCUAUUGGAAGAACAAGAACAAAUACGACGAGGAGGAGAUUCCCAACGAGAUCAGAGAAGAUGAUCUUCCUCCUAAGAGGUCGUCAUCAGUGAAGGCUUUCCAUGCAGACGCCUCCUCCUCAGAGAACGACACUCUGACUUCCACCAACACAUACAACAGUCGCUACUGGCACAACCCCAAACCCAACUAUGACACCAACUCCUAUACGCGCUACAAUGGAGACACUCGCCAGACCUUCGCUGCAGCUGCUGCACACGGCGCUCAUGGACACGGACAGGCCCAGAACGCAGCACAUGGCCACAGUACAGUAGUCACGGCCCCGGGCUCCACCCCGUUGUCCCGCCACGCACCGCCAACGACGGCAACAACGACAUCAUUUGCCAACGGCAGCCACACGCUCCCCCCACCCAAAACUCUGGUGGUCACCACAAACUCUGCCCCGUCCCCCCCCAUGGUGCGCAGCAACGGCUCUGUGAGUCUCAAACCGGUGGUGACAUCCACACACGGGCAGCACACACACUCCUACGCCGUGAGUCAGGCCACACUGGAGCGCAUGGGGGCAGUGCCGGUCAUGGUGCCGGCACAGAACAGAGCAGGCUCGCUGGUCUGAAACCUGAUUUGAUGCACUGUUAGCUUUGAAAACGAGACUUAGUGAGUGUUUGGUUGUGAUGUUUGAAAUCCACUGAUGAAAAACUGACCGAAUAUGGGCUGAAGCAGCCCGCUGCCCUUUACAAUUGUGUCUUUCUGUAUGUCUCAACCUUUUUAUCUUAAAACAAGCUGGGAUUUUACAAUGCGGAGUUCAUUUAAUGCCAAUUCCUUGAUGGAGAGGACUCUAUUUUGUAGGUAAGUGCUACAUGGAAUCUAAUCAUCCCCUUGUUGGAUGGAUUUUCCUGGUGGGUGCAGUGGGAACUUGGAUCAUUUCACAAAGCUGGAGUGAAACAUCCUGCAAAACCUGGAUUCUCAGAUUUUUUUCAGGGCUGGAUCAUUGUGAAGAUUUAGUUGAUUUUUUUUUUUUUUGCUUUUUUGUUUCAUUUUGGAAUUUUUUUGUUGGACUCAAAGCAACACAAGGCAUUGUCAUCUCAGUGUGUCCAUACUGCAUGGUCAGACAGACGCGAGCUUGGAUCCCCACAUAAGUGCAUGUCUCCCUUGAUUUAGGAUAACAAAUUAAGUACGUUUUGUUUUCUAAUCAUUUCUUCUCACAGUUGUGAUUUCUGACUGACAGCAAUGUUAGAGAAGAUGGGGAUUAUACAGUGGGAAAAAAGUGAAUGUCAACAUGUCUGCUGGGAGAAAGGAGGAACAUAAGAAUGAGACAAUAGUGGUGGAAAUGGCCUUAGAAGCUUAGAGGGGCAUGGUGUUUUUGGGUGCAAUACAUUGCAUAAUAUACUUUACUACACUGAAUGCAAACAUCUUAAUUAUGUUUUUGCACUUUUCGGAGUAAUUUUAUAUCAAAACUGCUGUCUUAUGAACAAUAACUCAGUCUUACUAAUAAUACGCUUUAUACACAAAACUUAAAUCUAAACUUUUCUACACAUAGAAGAUACUGGUGAUAUAUGAAGAUGGUGCAAGUGCUGGAUUUUCAGAUUUAAACUUGAACCUGUGGAUGGAUUUUGUCAUAGUCUUUGCUGUCUUCAUCCUUGCUGUUGUCUCAGUCUGGUUCAUGUCACAUUAGUGCUGCUUUGAGGGUAAGACGAUGUCUUAUUUCCUAAAUGCUUUAUAAAGAGACAAGAGGAAUAUAUAUUCAAAGAUGAUUACCCCCCCUCCAUAACGGCUAACACCUACUGUUUUCUACUGUACAUAUUGCAACAGUAGGAUAGGUUGUGAAUCAAAGAAAAUACAUUACACGUCUAAUACAUAUUUUACAACUCAUGUGUCUUAAUUUUAAAACAGUUUUCUUUUGUUACAUUAGACAACAAGCUGGGUUUGAUAGACAGUGUUACUGGUUCAAUGAAGGGAUGUUUUUAUUUUAUUUUAUAUAUAUAUACAGUUUCAUUUUCUACUGAGUAUUGUCAUUUCAUUACAAGGACUGAGGUAAAUACAAUGUGGUUUAACAUUGAUGGCCAUGUAUUUUACUAUUAAUAACACCUAUGCUGUAUAUGGUAGAAAAUAUCACUGUGUUUCUGACCUUUGUAUUUGUAUUUUAACCAAAUCUCAACAGUUUGAACUGUUAGUGUUCCUAAAUCUAGCAAUCCUCAUUUUUUUGUGUGCCUGAAUGCACAAUAUUUUUUAAUAAUUUCUCCUAGCUUUGAUGCAAUAUUUGACAGCAAUUAUUUGUGUGACAUACAGUACUGGAAAAUAUGUGUUUUGGGGUUGUUGUUUUUUGUUUUGUUUUUUUUGCUUUACCACAAAUUUCUCUUUGUGUCUAUUGGAAAGGUUUAAAUAAAUGUACCAUUUCAAUUUAAGUCUUACUGGGGCAAAGCUUCCCUUAAGGUGUUCCAACUUUAACAAAUACAGUCUCAUGAAUUAUUACUAUAAAUUUGUUUUUUUUUCUCUUCAAUUAUUUCUUUAUUGAGAUGACUUUUCUGACUUAAUCAUUGUUUGAGGUUUAUCAAAUUAAUAUUUUCAUUCCAUCUACAAGUAAUGAAUGUUAAUAAAGUCAAUGGAGUUAAAGUAUAUACACACACAUAUAUAUAUAUAUAUAUAUAUAUAUAUAUAUAUAUAUAUAUAUAUAUAUAUAUAUACGUAUAUGAUUUAUAUGCAGAUUGGUGACAAAUUAAAGGAAAAAGCUGAAUGAAUGAGCGGUGAAUCAGAAUGACAGAAGAUGCUUCCACACUGGUGCAUUGCAUAGUACCAUAGUACAGUUAAGAAACUGGCCUCCAAUCAUGCUCUUUGGCACUGGUGACAAUGCUGAGCAACCUCAGUUGAUUCUGACUUUGUAUUGAAAUAAUAAUAAGAAAAGUCCUCAGUGAUUUUAGGGCACAGAUGUCAGGAGCUUCAGUCACUAAAGAUUAAUAAACAGAAACAGUGACGAAAGUGACACCUGCAUCUAUGUAUGGGAAAGAUAUCUACAAAUAUGUCUGGAAACUGUGGUUGACCAUUCACAUUUGAUGAUGAUGCUAGUGCAUUAGUGUGAAAUUGAAGUGUAACUCUCCCUUAACUGUUCCUGUGGCAUACAAAACCAUCAUCAAAAAGCUGAUGGCACAAUUUAAAGUUCAGUUGUGAUGAAACCAGAUGCGCUGAUUUACUGAAAUGUGGACAGAAAUGAGAUGUUAACAUUGUUGCAGUCCAGGAGAGCAGUACAGGCCUUAAACCCUGCAGAGAGGGGAUCCAGUAGUCGCUUUUAGAUGAAAGGCUCACUGCAAAUGAAUACAAAGUUGUAAUGAGUGAUCAGAUUUAUCCUGUGAUGAAACAUCUCUAAUCAUAUUUUCAGGAAGACAAUACCUCCAUCCAUAGGAUAUAAAGAGUCACUGAGUGUUCUGAUCAGUAUGAAAAUCAUGUAAAUCAGAAGAUUCUGUGGUCUUCAGUCACCAGAUCUCCACCCAGCUGAAGACAUAUGGGAGAUGUUGGGCCAUUAAUUUAGACGUUGCUCUUCACUAUCAUCAUCAAAACACCAAAUGAUUGAAUAUCUUUUGGAAGAAUUGUGUUACAUCCCUUAUGGAGAGUUCCAGAGACUUGGAGAAUCCAUGUUUCAGGAUAUUGAAGCUGUUCUGGUGGCCAAACACUUCAUAGUUUCUUUUGGUCUUUCCUUUCACUUGUCACCAGUUUGUAUGUAAGGGUUGGCAUUUACUUCAAAGUUAUUGGCUUAAUAUUUUAGACAUGAAUAAUAUUAAACAGAAUUCUAUAUAAUUCCACCAAAUGCUUGGAUCAUGACAGCAGUAAAUAGUAACCAAGAUGAUAUACUUUUGCAUUAUUGCUGUCCUGACAAUGAUUCCCAUAUUUAUGGAUUAAAUCCCAGAUAUAUACCAAAUGAGUACCAGUCAGCACCAGUUUUCUACCACAGUUUGUUGUCAGUGAUGCAGGUCUACAGUGUGGACAGACCUGGAUCAAACGGCAACCCUGAAUUCCUCCCAGUUUUUGUCUUGCGAUCAUCAUCAAAACGACUUCUAGUUUAAAAUUUUCCAUUUGACUCAUUCAUUCUGUAUUCAGUCACAGUAAUUUCUUACUACACAUUGUAUCAGUCUGGAUGAACACGCUCGUUCCUCUGUACGUUUGUCCCACAUCUGAUUACAGCUACACACCCGAUCAGUGUUAGUAAAAACAAGUGUAUCCAUUUUUUUUUUGUUUCUUUUUCCUCUCAGUGCUGUCUACUGUGAGGGAGAGCUACGGUACAUACACAGAUUGAUUUAGAAAUACAGAGAGGAUGAAAGAGGGCAAAUGUCACAAGAUCAAUUACCUCUUCCCUUCCUUUUAGUCUGACAGUGUUUUCAGAAUAAAGUCUUCUGUCUGUGUGUCAUUUCACUCACCAUCUCUCCCAGUGUCCCUGCCUUGAACACUGGCUGACAGCAUUAAAAAGGAACUCGUCUUACCAGAGAGAGUGGCAAGUCUGAAAAGCUAAACUGAGAUUAUUUUUACUCUUUCUCUACCCUCUGUUUGCAGGAGAGAUGGAGGAACGAGAGCGCAAUCAGUAGAAAUCUGCUGAGGUUUUAACCCAAAUCAAAUAAGCAUCUCAUCUUCUACCCUGGCCAUAGGUCGGCAUGCGGUACACAAGGUGGUGUGUGGGGUGUGUAUAUAGACAAAUGUGAUAUAUUGCCGAUAGUAAAACCAAUGUGUAAAUAUGUAAAGAAGAAAAUUAAAAUCAAAAAACGUACAUCUUGUUCUUACCGUUGGGUUUGAAACGAAAUAGGAAAAAUAACACUGGACUUGUAGUGAAUAAAUAUUGUUAAUACAUUCUAA